GUGCAAUGCUUGAUUUGUCACGUGCCUCAAUCAACGGCGUCUAAACGCGGUUCCUACUAUACUACUGUAUGGACUGCAAAUACCUUUUCGGCGUUCCACCUGCGGGCUGUCCUGGAGCUACCUGCAAGUGUAAUUCAGCAGGAUAUGGAGGCCCAUGUCCUCAUUGUCAACGUCGGUAACUGUCCUUCAUUGAAACUCAGUUUGCGUGAGCACUUCCCGCGCAAUGUUCAGACAAGCUUCGAUAAACGCCGUGAAGUAAUGCAUUGCAAGCAUGACCCUUCCAUUGCCUCGUUUUCUCUCCCUCCUCGAUCCCUCUCCCAUGGAUGACGACGCUCGACUCUCCAGACUCAACAAGCUGUUCAUCAGCAUUUUGCACGGAACGCCGUUGACUCGGCACAAUACCUCACGUUUCCUCGAGGCGCUUAGAUGCCAGGCCGAUCCUGUUAGCUGUGUCAACCGAAUCAUUUCCAAUUCUGCGGGCCUCAGUGCCAUUCAAGCCGCAAUGCGCUCUGAUCUUUCCGAUGUCGCUCUGAACGGCCAGGCUGCUGAUACCAUCGCCUACUUCCAAGCCCCCGAUCUCGGAGACAUCAACGGGGGCGCCUAUCUCAAUCAAAUCCUCCGAGCCGUCGUCGGUGACCCACCAAUCUUCUGGGACGCACUGGUCGCGGUCUUCAAGACAGAAAAGCUGUCUCGCGGCCUUCCGUCCUUUGCCUGGCUUUUGUAUCAGCUCUGCCGUCUUCCAGACGACGAUGCAGACCCAUAUCUAGAGCUGGCGCGUGCGCCCGAGGUGACGAAGGCGCUUAUCGAGGCAGCAGACCAAGGGACUCGGUCGCUGGGAUACAAGAUCCAACACCUCGCAGAGUCAUCGCGGAUCAGUGCAGCAGCUCAAGAUGACAUUGCACCGGGAGGAAGACACGACAACGAUUGUGUCGAUUAUCGCAAGAUUGCAAUCCUGCCUACAGCGGACGAGCUUGCAUGCACAGAACCGCCUUUUCUCCGACCUACUGAUCCAUCUGAGGUGUUCUCGACGCCCGAGGAAGCCGUGCCACCCUGUUUGGACGGCCAGUUUAGGCUAUUACGGGAAGACAUGCUAUACGAGAUGAGAGAAGAGCUGCAGAUUGCAUUUGGGCAUAAGAAAGGACGUCACCGUGGACUGGUUAUCGAGGGUUUUAAGGUGCUGGACGAUAUAUUCACUGGGGCCGACGAUCGUUCUCCGCACUGGGGCAUUCAAAUGGAGUGCACCAGUCCUUUGUGGUUUCUCAAAAAGGUGUCAAACAAAAAGAAGUUUUUCGUUGACAAUCGGCAAUACUUCAAGCACCAGUCCUACACCUGCCUCAUUGUCGACAAUGAACUGGUAGCAUUCCCCAUGAUCCAUCGCGACGAAGAUCUCCUCUCCGCUGCCAAGAACCCUGUCAUUGUCCUCCAGUUCGAAGGAGAGACGAGCAUGGCAAGAGCCCUCUUGCGUAUCAAAAAGCAGAAAUUUCCGUCGAUCAAGUUGAUACAGAUUGAUACGGCCAUCUUUGCGUACGAGCCUGUUCUCAAGGCCCUGCAGCGAAUGCGGACUAUCCCACUUGCAAAGGAACUAUUGUGUUGGACGCGGGACGUGGCUAUCGAGAUGUUGCCCGACUCUGCCAACGGAGUAGUCAGAGCGGUGAAAGCAGAUCCACGCCAGAAUCUCGGCACUUUGCUUCGAACGACAAAGCCCAUCAUCCUAGACGAGUCUCAGGCAGCGUCGCUGCUUUCUGGCCUGACUCAGCCUGUUUCUCUGAUACAAGGACCGCCUGGGACGGGCAAAUCAUUUAUCGGCGCUCUCCUGGCGCGCAUCUUGCAUGAUGCUCAACAGAAGAUUCUCGUCGUGUGCUAUACCAACCAUGCUCUGGACCAGUUUCUCGAAGAUAUCCUCGACAUCGGCGUUCCGCAAGGCAGUAUCGUCCGGCUCGGAGGUAAAUCGACACCACGAACAGAGCCUUUGAGUUUGUCGAAACAAACUGGUGGAUCGCGACUAAGUCGGCUCGAUUGGCAAGAGAUCACGUCCCUCAAGUCAGACCGCCGAGAUUAUGAGCUGGCGUUGGACCGGAAGUGGAAACAGCUGCAAAAGGGCAUCGACAUCCUGACUCAUAUCGAGUUCGAGGACGAAGACUUCUACGAGGCGCUCUCGGUUCCUGAGGAUUCUGAUGGAAUGAGCCUGGUGGGCCAGGGUGGAAAACAACUCAAGCGCUGGUACCUGCUGAAUCGUUGGAAUGAAGGGAAGGAUGCUGGGAUGUUCAAAUCUCAUCCCCAGAUCGUCGAGGCUGCGGCGAUAUGGCACAUGCCACCCGCAGCGCGAAAUGCCAAGAUGUCCGAAUGGACUGAGGCGUGCCGAAAAGCCCGGGUCGAGGAAGUCGCAAAAGCGGGAAAGCAUUUCAACCGAUGCCAGAGCGAGCUGGAUCGGCUUUUCGGGCAGAAACAAGUGUCCAUUCUCCGCUCCAAGCGCAUCAUCGGCUGCACGACCAACGCCGCAGCUAAAUAUACCGCCGAUAUCCAGGCUUCCUCUAUACACACGGUCAUCGUCGAAGAAGCGGGCGAGAUCUUGGAGAGCCAUGUUCUUACCGCUUUGACCCAGCAGACGAAACAGCUGAUCCUGAUUGGGGACCACAAACAACUGCGACCGAAGGUGAACAACUAUCAGUUGACAGUUGAAAAGGGAGAAGGAUUUGAUUUGAAUCGCUCGUUGUUUGAGCGUCUCGUUCUCAAAGGCUAUCCUCACCAAACACUCUCCAAGCAGCACCGGAUGAGACCCGAAAUCUCAGCGCUUGUGCGCUGUCUCACAUAUCCGGAUCUAGUCGAUGCUCCGGGAACCCUCAACCGGCCGAACGUCCGUGGUGUGCGGGACAACCUAGUCUUCAUCGACCACGACAAACCCGAAGACGAUGACGCGAAAGUGCAGAACGCUCACGAAGGCGCCAAGUCGUCGAAGCGAAACAGCCACGAGGCGAAGAUGGUGCUCAAGAUCAUCAAGUAUCUCGGCCAACAGGGCUACGGGACGGACAAACUCGUUGUGCUCACACCGUAUCUCGGGCAACUGAAGGAAUUGAUGUCUGUUCUGAGCGAGGAAAACGAUCCCGUCUUGAACGAUCUGGACACGUACGAUCUCGUCAGUGCGGGACUGUCCUCUGAAGCAUCGGCCAAGAUCUCACGCCGGAAACUGCGGCUGGCGACGAUUGAUAACUAUCAGGGCGAGGAAAGUGACAUCGUUGUCUCAUCGCUGACCAGAAGCAAUUCCUCGCACGACAUCGGGUUCAUGUUCUCGCCGGAACGCCUGAACGUGCUGCUCUCUCGGCCGCGCAACGCAUUCAUCAUGAUCGGCAACUCUGACACGUUCCUGCAUUCUAGGAAGGGCAAAGACCUGUGGGGCCGAUUCUUCGGCAUGAUGAAAGAGGGAGGACACAUCUACGACGGAUUGCCGGUCAAGUGCGAGAGGCACCCGGACCGGGUGCAAGUGCUGCGCUCACCAGUAGACUUCGAUAACGAAUGCCCUGACGGAGGGUGCAAGGAACCCUGCGGGACGAUGCUCAACUGCGGCCAACACACAUGCCCGUCCAAGUGCCACCAGCUGGCCGACCAUUCCAAGAUGGAGUGCAAGGCGAUUCUGAACGACAAAUGCGCGAAAAGUCACCCCCUGUCCUGGAAAUGUUUCCAAAAAAGACCGAUCACGUGUGUGAAGUGCGAUCGCGAGGCGAAGCUGGCGGAGGAGAGGCAAAAGCGCGACUUUGAGCUGCAGCGCAAGCGCGAUGAAGAGCAAGCGCGAUAUGUGCAGGAGCUGGCUGAAAUUGACGCACAGAUGGCGAUUAAGAAGCAGGAGAUGCAGGAUGCCCGCGCGGCGGAAGAACGUGCCCGGGUCAUCGCCCAGAAGAAGAAGGAUCUCGAGGGCUUCAAGGCAAGCACAGCUACCGUGAUAUCGACGACGCCGCCACCAGCUGCUAGUCAUGUACAGACGACGAGCCCGACGGCCCCAUUAUCACCACGUGCCCCAGUUAUCACGCUACAGCCGAGUGCUGAUUCUGCUGGAGAAACCAAGACCACAUCACAUAAAGUCGAGAUCCCAGUCUCUGACGCUAAUCUCGAAUGGCAGCGUCAGAAAGAUUUCGAGGGUGCUCGUAACGACAGCAUUGAUUCCAUCAUGGAGAUGAUCGGUCUGGAGGACGUGAAAUCGACAGUACUCGACAUCAAGGCCAAAAUCGACACCUCAGUCCGCCAGAACAUCUCGCUCCGCACCGAGAGGUUCAACACAACUCUUCUCGGCAAUCCUGGCACAGGAAAGACGACAGUCGCGAGGCACUAUGCAAAGUUUCUGGCUUCCGUGGGUGUGAUACCCGGCACCGAGUUCGUCGAAACAACUGGAUCUCGGCUGUCCAAUGAGGGAGUGCCUGGGACGAAGAAGAUCCUGGAGGAUGUCCUGAAUGCCGGCGGGGGGACCAUCUUUGUGGACGAGGCGUACCAGUUGACUGGGCUCAAGAGCUACCAGGGGCCCCAGGUCCUGGACUUCUUGCUCGCGGAGAUGGAAAACAACGUGGGAAAGCUCGUCUUCAUCUUCGCCGGCUACGAAAAGGAGAUGGAAACCUUCUUCGAGCACAAUCCCGGGCUGACCAGCCGAGUUCCUUUCCAACUCAAAUUUGCCGACUACACUGACUCGGAGCUGCUUGGCAUGCUUACUCAGCUUGUGAAGAAGAACUACGGCGGCAAAAUGAUGUUUGAAGGCGGGAUGGGUGGCUUGUACAGCAGAAUCGCUGUUCGUCGCUUGGGCCGAGGUCGCGGCAGACCUGGAUUUGGAAACGCGCGCGCCGUCGAGAACGUUCUGCAGACCAUCACUCGGCGCCAAGCCAGUCGAAUCGCUCUGCAGCGAAAACAAGGGAGCCUGCCGGACGACUUCCUCCUCACUGCCGCGGACCUCAUCGGUCCGGAUCCCUCGAAAGCGAUGAAGGAAUCCGACGCGUGGGUGAAGCUGCAGAAGCUGACCGGCUUGGACGCUGUCAAGGAUUCCGUGCGCAGCCUGCUGCAGAUGAUCGAGACCAACUACCUGCGGGAGCUGGAGGAGAAGGAACCGCUGCAGAUGUCGCUGAAUCAGGUCUUUUUUGGCUCACCCGGCACGGGGAAGACGACUGUGGCAGGGCUGUACGGACAGAUUCUUGCCGAUCUCGGAUUGUUGAGCAAGGCAGAAGUCGUCGUCAAGAACCCCAGCGACUUUGUGGGCGAUGUCCUCGGCGCGUCCGAGAGCAAGACCAAGGCGAUAUUGGCAGCGACUGUAGGAAAGGUGCUGGUGAUUGACGAGGCGUACAUGCUCUAUGGAGCGAAUGGCGGUGGCGGCGUCGGCAACCAAAACGACCCAUUCAAGACAGCAGUCAUCGACACAAUCGUGGCCGAAGUGCAGAAUGUCCCGGGCGAUGACCGAUGUGUCUUGAUGCUGGGGUACGAGAAAGAAAUGAUGGCUAUGUUCCAGAACGUCAAUCCUGGUCUAACGCGGCGAUUCAACGUCGAAUCCCCGUUUGUGUUCCACGACUUCACGGACCCUCAGCUUUUGGAAAUCCUCAAUUCCAAACUCGCACAGCAACAUCUGGGCGCAACGGAAGAAGCAAAGCAGGUCGCAAUAGCUGUCGUUGCCCGGGAACGCAUCCGUCCCAACUUCGGGAACGCCGGCGCAGUCACAAACCUGCUCACACAGGCUAAACGGCGUUGCCAGUCUCGUCGGACGAGUGCCACCAAUAUCGUGUUUCAACCACGUGACUUUGACCCUGACUUUGACCGUCACACGCACGCUGCCUCGAACCUGGCCAAACUCUUCGAGGAGAUCGUUGGAUGCGAGGAGAUCGUUUCGAAACUGUCGCGCCUGCAGACGAUUGCCGAGAACGGCCGGCGAUACGGCAAGGACGCACGUGACAUUAUACCCACCGCAUGGGUCUUCAAAGGGCCCCCUGGCACGGGCAAGACCACUAUCGCGCGAAAACUGGGGCAGAUAUACUUUGACAUGGGCAUUCUUUCGUCAAACCAGGUCGAGGAGUGUUCCGCGUCUGAUCUGGUCGGCCAGUACGUGGGUCAGACGGGACCCAAGACCGCCAAACUCUUUGAAAAGGCUCUCGGCAAAGUCCUUUUCAUCGACGAGGCUUACCGCCUGUGCGACGGUGCUUUUGGCAAGGAGGCUGUGAACGAGAUCGUGGCGCUUCUGACCGACCCUCGGUUCCAGUCCAAGCUGGUCAUUGUCCUUGCUGGAUACGACGAUGACAUUAAUGGCUUAUUGGCAAUGAACCCCGGGCUGUCGAGUCGCUUCAAGGAUGAAAUGGCAUUCAGGAACAUGUCUCCGGAGCACUGUCUCGACGUCUUCCGAAAGACCUUGGGCAGGGAGAAAGUCGAACUCUCUGGCGAGGCCGACCACGAGAUAUUAGUCCUGAUCGGCAAGAUGACACAGUUCUCAUCGUGGGGCAACGCUCGGGACAUGAAAUCUCUCGCAAAAGACGCAUACGGCGCAGCUCUCAUGGAAUCCAUCGGAGACAAACUCUGUCUGAGCUCCAGCACUGCGCUAAAACUCAUGCAAGCCCACCUGGACAGUCUCCGCCGCAGAAAUGCUGUUGCCGCGGAAACACCUCUGCGAUCAGACUUACCAGUUGCGUUACCCACUCCAAUUGCGCCAAUACGGACUACUGUUGCCACCCGCGACGCUCUCCCAGAAGCAGCACCAGAUAUGGCAGACACUCGGGCGGACGGGCGGGAUCCCGGCGUGUCGAACGCUGUCUGGGAACAAUUGGAAUCCGACAAGAAGGCAGCUGAAUCCGAGCGCCGGAAGCAUGAGAAGGCGAUCAAAGAGGCGGAGCGACUCGAGCGAGAAGCCGAGGCUUUGCAGCUAGAGCUUGAGGCGCAAAAGCAGCGCGAACGGGCGCAGGCCGAACUCGACGAGCUCAAACGCAUUCUAGAGGAAGCACGGCUGCGGGAGUUGCAUGCCCGAGAAGAAAGAGAGAGACGCGACCGUGAGCUGCGCAAGGAAAUCAAAGCACAGGCUGCGUUGCGAAGGAUGGGCGUCUGUGUCGCUGGAUUUCAAUGGAUAAAACAAGCCGGUGGAUAUAGAUGUGCUGGAGGGGCACAUUUCGUGAGUGACGCGCAGAUAGAGGGUGCUUUGAACUAGUGCUGUGUAGCAAGUAAUAUGUAGUGUGAAGUUUGAACUGUUCAAGCGUCGCACUGUCAUAGCAAGCAUGUGACAUUCGAGGACAUCACGUGAAAGUCACUGGCGUCCUCCGAGUCGCUACCACACCGCAAGCCCAAGGGUCUACAAUCCGGGAACACCUAUGGCACCAGGCCGGACCGUCCAUUCCAUCAAAAUUCGCGUUCCUCGUCAUAAUGCCCAGAAGAUUGGAUCCAAGCUGAGCGCUCAGGUCGAAGCCCAGGCUCGUCUCGACAACAUCCGCACGGAUACAUACCAACCCAACUCUGAAUCGUCCACCGCGCUAAACUUGGCUAUUGAAAGCGCCUCGGAAUGGAACUCGAUGUUGAUGACAGCCAGGGCUGAACGAGGGCCGCAAUGGGAUGUUGGGACUCAGUUAUUCCACGUGGACGAGUAUUCGGAGCUGUAUUACGACUCCACGCCGCUCUUCACUGCCGUGAAGAAACAAAACGAGCAAGAGACUGCCGAGGAGCAGAAACAGCACCAGCAGCAGGCACAGCAGCACCAGCAGGCACAACAAGCACAUCGCGAACGGGAGCGAGAACGGGACCGUGAGCGGGAACUGCAUCUACAGACCGUCCAGCAGCAGCAGAUCGCCAUGUCCGAUCACCCGCAGACACCCCAGCGCCCGUACGGACCGGCGGGUGGCGCGCAGUACCCCGGCCCUGCUCCCGGCGGCUACCCUGGCUCCCCGGCCAUGGGCCCCAGCAUGGGCAACAUGCGGAAUCAGUAUCCCUCGGGCGCGCCGUUCGCGCAAGGGCCGGGCAGCAUGCCGCAGCCUGCGUUCUACAACAGUCCUAUGGGACACGGUCCCGGGGCGCAGUCGCCUGCUAGGAUGAAUAUGCCCGGGAUGGGAAACAUGGACUCGCCGAUGCGGAUGGGCAUGGGCGGGGGUGUGGGCGGAGGGAUGAAUGGUGGAAUGGGCGGUGGGAUGGGCGGCGGGAUGGGUGGCGCAAUGGCUGGUGGGAUGAAUAACGGGAUGGGCGGCGGGAUGGGGAACAACAUGGGCGGUGGAAUGGGGAACAACAUGGGCGGUGGAAUGGGGAAUAGCAUGGGUGGUGGAAUGGGUGGCGCAAUGGCGAAUAACAUGGGUGGCGCAAUGGGUGGAGGAAUGGGCAUGAAUAUGGGGGGCAUGAUGGGAGGCGGCAACGACAUGCUAGGUAUGCAGUCUCCGAUGGGGAUGAGCCGAGGGGGGGGGGUCCAGGUGGCAUGUCUCCGAGUAUGAUGGGUCCUCCCAAUCCAGGUCGGAGACAAGUUCGGGGGAGCGCAUACGACGAGGCUGCGUACAACCCCUCUAUGAGCUGAAUACGCAUCGACGUUCCUCUCAACUUGUAACUUGUACUAAUUUCUCAC